AUGGACGACGGAGCAUGGCUCAACUGGCCGUCAGACGUAUGGGACGAUGAGGAUACGAGUCAUCGCCGGCGUGCGCGCGAGGAGCGCAUGCGUAAUGCUUUUCUCCAAGCUCGCGCGACAUACGAUGCUAAGCGCGACACGGACGAAUGGUUCAUGGAGGGUCUUUCGUACGAUGCGUUGCCACACACGCAUCUCGACGCCAAAACGCAACAGCGCAUUCAGAUGUGCAUUGAGUACAUGUACUAUAAGCAACGUUACGCAGAAGCUUUUGCAUGGAGCGUGUGUUUGCUCCGGCGUAUGCACGUACUUGGCACAAGCGUCGUGUGGACGGACGGCUUGCCGUCGUUUCCCACCGAGCUGCCCCACGACAAGACAUCAUGGAGCAUGGCGCACAGCGCCGUAGCGCGUGAAACGCUCGAUACGGCCUUGCGAUGCGUUCUGCACUUCCACACCAGCGAUCAUGGAGAUAUCGACUGCCUGGUGGCAGCGGCCCUAGACAGAGUCCAACUAGACCCGGCAGCCUACCAGGGAAUGGCCCUCGAUGAGCAAAAAAGAAAAGAAUGCGCAUGGACGACGGCACCAGGUUUGGCCAUGACGCUCGGAGACGUGUGCAUGCACAUGCAGUAUACCCGGUGCGCGCUUGAAUCGUACGCACUCGUCAUGGGCAUGCGCGGCGCACAGUGGUAUGUAUGCAAGGCUGUGGCACAAGCGCUGUCCCGAAUCGCAGAGCCAACGAAAAAGGCACAGAACACGUUGCUGAUGCUUGCACAGGCCACAAGUGUUUGUGCCCUGCAGUCUUGUCCCCCAUCCAGGCGCACGUCGAUGGCGCAUGAGAUUGUAUCUGGCCAACUGGUGGGGUCUAGCCAGCCGGUCCAUGGCGACUCGGACGGCACAGAUUGUGGGCUCAGUGAGGCAGCCAUGACGGGUAUCCUGUGGGCACUACAGAAGCGAGGAGGUCCUGCGCUUCUUGCAUCGCGUCUACCAACUUUUAUGGCCAUGGCACAGCAGUACCUCCGGGACACGAGCACGCCAUGGAUGGCAUGCCACGACGAGUCGCUCGAAAAGACAUGGUCUAGCGCCCGGGCUUUGUAG